AAAGCUACUUGGCAUGAAUGCUUGGGCUGUACCAAGUGCCUCGGCUGGGAGAGGGGGGAGCCACAAGAAAAACACAUCCGACCAGAGCAGACAAUAGGCCCCUAAAGUAUUCCCCCCAAGUUGCUUUGAUGUUGUCCUGGUGUCCUGAUAUCAAGGGGGCCAAGGAUUGCAAGAGAAAAAAAAGAUCUUUGUGUGCCUCUUCAGUUGUCUCCACUGCUUCUGGAAAUGAGGAUCUAAGAACAGGCAAUGCCCCAGAAGCAGAUGUGAAGCCACUUAAUUCCUGUUACAUCGCAGUGUAGACUAGUGUGGAUGUGUAUCUCCUAAACUCAUACUGACCAACACAGAAGAACAAUAUUGCAAUAUGACAAGAUCAGAAUUUGAAAGUACACUGAAUAUCCUGUGUCACAGCAAAGCAUUAUGGGAGGUCUUUGCCUAGAACAGCUCUUUAAAGUCAAGUUUAACUUACACUAGUGACAUUUUUGGGGAGGAUAUCUGCAACAUAUUUUGGCUUUGGUGUAUUUGACCCACUCCAUUCCCUUUGACUGACAGCCUUUUAAAAAAUAAUUCAGGAGGAGAAGGAAACGCACAUGUGUACUGUACAGAUGCAGAGGUGACAAAGCAUGGGGUCCACGUGAGGUGUGACUACUAGAGAAUCUCCUACGGGAAGCAACCAAUCAGCAGGAUGCUUGUUUUAUUUGACCUGUUGACCUGAGACCCAUUGCUAUGUUUCGAAUGUUUUUUUGCAAGGUUGAGCAGAACCAGCACAUUCAAAGAUGUCUGCUGCUGUUUCGUGACCUCAGGGGACCUGCGUGUCCUAGACAUGCGGCAGGAACAGGCACCUAUAGGAAUGAUGUUGGAAGUGCAUGAAGAGACCACGCAGCUCAACAAGAGAGACAAAAUCAAGAAGGAGAAACUUGAACGGAAGGAAAGUGGAGAUAAAAGUUGUCCACAAAGACCAUUCAAAGGAAAUCAAAGGACUCCAAGCCCCCACACGCACUUACAGCACCUAUCUGCUUCCGUGGCUGGGACCUCGGGAUCUCUGUCAAUGCAUUCCAGUAACCCCAAAGCCAGGAACUCACCCACGGGAAAUUCUCAAAGCAGCCCCGUACCAAAACAGGAGGCUAUGGUACGCCCCUCCGCAGUGAUGUCCCCCUCUAGUACCCCUCAGAUGGACUCCAAACUGUGCAGUCAGGGAAAGCUUGGCAGCAGUGCUGGUCAGUCGCAACUUUCCCCCUGUGAUAUGAAGAGCGCAAGUGGAAACCACACUCCAAAACCAACACAAGGCCCUGUGGGAAACCUUGGCCUGAAGAAUGGACAGGCUCCUGGAGCUGGUAAUGGCGUUAAAGGGAAAAUGAAAAGGGAAAGGAGUGCGUCUAUUGAAUCAUUUGAGCAGAGGGAACUUGGGACAACCACAAAUGAGGCCGAAUUAAAAGUUCCAGAAAGUGGAGGACGGAGUAAACGGCUUUGUGUGGCCGAACGGCGGCAGCCCUACAGUGGUGCAGACUGGUGCUCUGGUGGUGAGACGGACGAUGAUGAGAACGACUAUUUGAACUGUAGUUCUCCGGGCAAUGUCAAAUCCCAGGAAUCCCAGCACACACCAAUCGCGUUGCUUCCCGGAAAUACGGGAAUGGCCAGAUCUUCCACUCCUUCCCACAAUUCUGUGGGUGGACCGGUAGUCAUGGCAGAGACUGCUGGUAGCCGAAAGAUCCCCCCAAAGGUUGUCUUUGUGUUUUCUACGGAGAUGGCCAACAGAGCUGCAGAAGCGGUGUUGAAGGGGCAGGCUGACUCCAUCGUUUCCUACCACAAGCAGAACAUCUCUAAUACCAAGUUAGAGAAAGAUAACCAGUCCACGGGAACACCAUCUCCAGCUGUUCAGAAUGAAUCCAAAAGUCUCCCGCAACAACCAUCUCAGCUACAAGAGCCAACCGAUGCACAAACACAGUCUCGUUCAUUGCACUCACAAAGUAGUAAGCCCUCCACGGGGACACACGUGACAAUUGGGCAAGAGAGUUCUGACUUGGACAGUAAUGCAUUGCCUACUAAUAGCCCUCAGGCUGCUGCCCCAAAUGCUUCUGAAGGUACUGGUCAGUGUUCAACACCCAGCAAUCGAUCGUCCACACCUGGCUCCCAGGGAGCUUUUCCUCCUACUAGUAACAGUAGUACUGCUUCAGUAGUGGACCCUAAGGAUGAUCCAAAAGGUUCUUCUUUGCAGAUCCCUGGUGGUGAUGCAUCAAAUAUAGAGGACAACCCAGAGGGUCUAUCCCAGGAACAGCUGGAGCACAGAGAACGGUCCUUGCAGACACUACGUGAUAUUCACAGGAUGCUUUUUCCAGAUGAGAAAGACUUUUCUUUAAAAGAAGCAGCGGGGCUAGCAGGUGGACCACAAGAAAACUCUGGUAUGACAGAAGGACCUCCUAAAAAGCCUGAUGGUCCUUUACAGGCUAUGAUGGUGCAGUCACAAAACAUUGGCAAAGCAGCUUCACAAAGAAUGGAUGGUCCACACUUCGGACAGCCUGGCCACAGAGAGAUGCCUUUUACACCUGAUGAAAUGAUACCGCAGGUGAUGAAUUCCCAAGGAGGGCAUGAUCAUAUGGACCAUAUGACACCUGAACAGAUUGCAUGGUUAAAACUUUCACAAGAAUUUUAUGAAGCAAAGAGGAGGAAACAGGAGCAACAUAGGUCAGUUCAGGAUAUGAUGAUGCACCAACAUGGACCUCGAGGAAUGAUUAGAGGGCCACCACCCCCUUAUCAGAUUAACCCUGGGGAAGAAUGGGGGCCUGGUGGUCCAGAACCUUUUGGAGAAGGCAUGACUAUACCAAAUUCUAUGCAUCCAAGAGGUAUGGCCCCACACCCAAAUGUAGCUGGAAAUCAGGUUCAAAGGAUGUCUGGUUUUCCAAGGUUGAUGAGUCCAGAAAUAGAUGGUCCUGGCGUACCAAAUCCUUUGCAGAGGUCUGGUCUUUCUGGAGUCAGUUGGCCAGAGGACAUACCAAAAAUGUCAGAUGGAAGAAACUUUCCACCAGGUCAAGCAGAAUUUAGUGGACCAGGACGAGGAGAAAGAUUUCCAAACCCUCAAAGCAUGUCUGAAGAGAUGUUCAUGCAGCAACUUGCAGAAAAACAGGUUGGAAUGCCUGUUGGCAUAGUCAUGGAUGGUGGGAGACCUGGUAUUGAAAUAAACAGGAUGGUCUCUGCUCAGAAGCACAUGGAACCAAGGAAUGGUAAUAUGUUUCCACGGCUACCAGGAGAAGGACCUAUGAGUCCUUCAAGACUAGAAUUUAGCAAAGGAAUUCCACCCCAAAUGGCACCUGGAAGGGAAGUAGAGUUUGGGAUGGGUCCAGGUAAUAUGAACAUGAAUAUGAAAGUAGACAUGAGUUUAAAUGUCAACAUGAACUCUAGUCCUCAGGUUAUGGCACAGAAGAUCAGAGAUGCAGGAGUGAGGCCCCAGGGUAUGAUCCCUGAUGAUAUUUUGAAAAUGAGGAACACUAACCCAGAGUUAAUACUUGCCCAGCAAAAGAUGAUGCCCAAUCAGUGUGCAGACCAUGCUCAGCAAGAUUUCCUUAUGGGACCUAGACAUUUUCCUAAUAUGCCUCAGGGUCCUGGAGGGGGAAUGCGAAAUCCUAGAGAUCAGUUUGGGCCUGAACACAGGACUACUGCUGGAGCAAACAGGCUCAGUCAUAUGCCAUCACUACCUCUAAAUCCUUCCCAGGCUAGUCAAGCAAACCCUUCAUCGUCACAACGCAACAUGGGCCGUAAAUCUGUUGAUAUAACUACUUCAUCUAGUCAAGUGAACUCGCCAGGUGUGAACCCAUUGAAGUCUCCAACACUGAAACAGGUUCAGUCACCGAUGCUUGGUUCUCCUUCAGCCAAUCUGAAGUCUCCACAGACUCCAUCCCAGCUUGCUGGCAUAUUAACUGGACAGGCUGCGGCCGCUGCUGCAUCCAUUAAAUCUCCUCCUGUUUUAGGGUCUGCUACAGCUUCUCCUGUCCACCUUAAGUCACCUUCUCUCCCAGCACCAUCACCUGGAUGGACUUCUUCUCCUAAGCCUCAUCUUCAGAGUCCUGGGAUUCCACAGAACAAGCAAUCACUUAAUAUGGCUUCCCCUGGAAUGAUGGGGACCAUGGAGUCGGGUGCCCCGCCAGCUUCAACGGUAGCUUCAAAUCUUCCAGGAGCUCUUUCAUCAGGGAGUCCCUACACCUUGCCUCCUGAGCCCACCCUUUCACAAAACCCCCUUUCAAUAAUGAUGUCUCGGAUGUCCAAGUUUGCAAUGCCAAGCUCCACACCAUUGUACCAUGAUGCAAUCAAGACUGUUGCUAGUUCUGAUGAUGACUCCCCUCCAGCCCGUUCACCAAAUGUCCCCCCUGUUUGCAGCAUACCAGGUGUAGCUGGUAGCAUGCAAAAUCAUCCUCGAAUGCCGGCUCCGAAUUCUGGAGGUCAGAUGGCGGCUCUUAGCCCACUGGGCAUGACACAACCUCUUUCUCACAACCUUCCUAACCAGAUGCCCUCUCCAACCCCCAUGGGACCAGGCAUGAUGUCACACAGUCAAAUGAUGCCACAUGGCCCUCAGGAUCCUUCUAUGAACAAUCCUCAGAUGAUACCUCAAGGACGGAUGGGAUUUGCCCCAGGUCAGCAGAAUUUUCCCCCAGUGCAUUCUCCUUCACAGCAGAUUCCCUUUUCUCACAGCAGUCCAAGUGGUGGACAGGGCAGCUUUCCACAAACCAUUGGUUUCCCUGGUGAAGGUGUACCUCUUGGGCGUUCAAACAAUAUACCACAACCUUCUGCAGACCCUGUCCUUUGUAAGCCUAGUCUUCAGAGCGGCCCAGACUCUUUUAGCAGUAUGGGGAGCAACAUGCCUUCAGUUUUUGCAGAUCCAGAUCUUCAGGAGGUUAUCCGACCAGGUGUUUCUGGGAUACCAGAAUUUGAUUUGUCCCGCAUCAUCCCAUCAGAGAAGCCCAGCCAAACAUUACAAUAUUUUCCACGUAGUGAUCCUUCUGGUCGCAAGCAGUUUCAAGGCCCUGGACCAGGUUUCCCUCACAUGCAAGGGAUGAUGGUAGAACAGAAUUCAAGAAUGGGGCUUCCGAUUCCCAGUAUGGGAGGGCCAGGUCCCAUGGGUGCACAAGAUAUGCCCAUGGGCAACCCUGGCUCAUUAGCAGGCCACAAUGCUAUAAGGGCACCUGCUUUUCUGCAACAAGGAAUGAUUGGACCUCAGCACAGAAUGAUGUCACCAGGACAAGGUGGUCUACAUGGGCAGCCUACUAUGAUGAACAAUCCAGUGGCGGCAGCAGCCAUGAUGCAAGUCAAGGAACGGGGCCCAGUUGGCAUGUACAGCCACCCUGGCCCUGUCGGAUCACCAAACAUGAUGAUGUCAUUACAGGGUAUGGUGGGUCCGCAGCAAAGUAUGAUAAUACCCCCUCAAAUGAGAGCAAGAGGAAUGUCUGCUGAUCUGACUAUGGGGGGGUUUAGCCAGGGGCCUGGCAACCCAGGGAAUCUAAUGUUGUAAGCUGCUAAAACUUUGUGUGCAUAGACUUGAGUUGCACAGCUGCAUCUUCGGGCCCUUGGGUAGACUUCAGAUGCAGUAUGAAAACACUGCUUACAUCCAAGGGGUACAGAAAACACAAAGCAGGAAAACUUCAGAAUGUAUGCGAUGUAUCUACAGAGAACUCCACUUUGUUUUAUCAACAGCAUUUUUUGUUUUUUGGGGAGGAGGAUUGAUUUGGUGACUUUCUUUAAGGGGUGUGGACUUCUGGGUUGCCAAACUUGGCUCCCACACUGGAAAUUUGCAGCUGUAUUUUUUGAGGAUUGCAUUUGUCCUGAGUUGUUCUAUUCUCUUUUUCUCUGUGUUUACAUUGUUUUGGAUUCGCUGCUCCAAGAUAAAAAAAAGUACACACCCACACAUACACACAAACCUCUCCAUAUACCGGUUUAUAUACUGUUUAGACUAAAAAAGGGAUACAAGAAGAAAUCUUAAUACAAGAUGUGGCAGCAGGCCUUGAUAUAACAUUCAGGGCCAGUCAGCACUGUGUGCAUUGGGUAAGUGCAACACUACAAAUGUGCAGCUUUUCAUUUUGAACUCCAGUGUAUAAUAAACCAAACCACAACCUCAUGCCAGAAAAAGUAUUACAAAUAUAAAGCACAAAAUGAACUAUUUCAAUAUUCAUUGUUUGGGGGGGUGGUCUAGUUCUCUGAGAACACUACCGGGCAAACUUUUAAACAUGGAGAACACUGAGCAGGCUUUGUUUGUCCUUUGGUACCUGUUGUACCUUUGUGAAUUAACUGGGGAGGCUGGAGGCCAGGGCUGUGGGAGGUGGGGGGGUUUGAAAAGUACACCUUAUGGAAGAUUCUAGUGACCACUUUGACAAUGUGGUGGGCAGAUAUUCAGCGCGGACACCAAGGCCACACAGUAGACACUAUUUGCUGUGUUCUAACCCAUCCUUUUAUGAGGAAUUCCAUUUGACUUUACGUGGGAAUGACAGCAAAUGUCAUUAUUUUCCUGGACUUUUUGUUCUUUUGUGUUUUUUUUUUUGUUUUUUGUUUUUUUGUUUUGUUUUGUUUUUGUUUUUUCCCCCUCCCCUGUGUAAACUGUUGUGUGUAACCUCAUUAAAUUUGGUACACAACCACUCCCCUGGGCUGUGGUGUUGAACAAAUAAAAUAUAUUGUUUCUUA